UAUCAACCGCGGGCGUCGACAAGAACCUAAAUAUUUCAUAUCGUUUUUGAGCAAGUCUGGAGCGCGUGUGUGUUGGGAAAGUGGGUGUCGCUGUGCACGCGGGUGGAGGAGCUUCACACCGAUGUGUCGAGGACUUUAAACACACUGUAGCCUGCACAAACACACACUGUGUCAUACAGUGGUGGAAGGAGAGAGACCGUCCUGUACUGGAUCAUAUCCUGCAACGCUCCUGAUACAAUGCGUCCGAUUAUUUACUUUCUGCCACAAUGUGUCUGAAUAUUUACUUUCCGCGCGCGCUGCUCUGACCACGGUGUGUUUACAUGGAGACCGCGUAUCAGCACCCUCAAAAACAGUCAACCGGGAAAUGGUAACACAUGAACCUCCUCACUGGAAGGAACAUGGUUGAGAUGAGCAGUAAAUUUCUGUUCAUCGUGGUCGGCUCGGUUCUGUUCAUGCUGAUUUUGUAUCAGUACGUGGCUCCGGGGAUGAUGAACUUCGGCUCUCCGCACGGGUACUUGCUGGAAGACGAUGCUGAUCUCUUCCCGACUCCUGAUCCACAUUACGUGAAGAAAUACUAUUUCCCCAUCCGAGAUCUGGAGCGGACGGUGGAUUUUGAAAUCAAAGGAGAAGAUGUGAUCGUGUUCCUCCACAUCCAGAAGACCGGCGGAACCACAUUCGGCAGGCAUCUGGUCCAGAAUGUGAGGCUGGAGGUUCCGUGCGAUUGCAGACCGGGACAGAAGAAGUGUACCUGUUACCGACCCAAUAGGAAAGAGACCUGGCUCUUCUCGCGGUUCUCCACCGGUUGGAGUUGUGGCUUACACGCGGACUGGACCGAGCUGACCAACUGCGUUCCGGGGGUUUUGAACAAAAAGGAGAACAGGAUGAAAAACCAAAGCUCCAAAACUGAGCCCUCAAUGGACAGAGUUAAGGAGCCAACCUUACGGAGCUGGAAGUUCUACUACAUCACUCUGUUACGGGACCCUGUGUCUCGCUACCUAAGCGAGUGGAGGCAUGUCCAGCGUGGGGCCACAUGGAAAACCUCCCUGCACAUGUGCGAUGGGCGAACACCCACACCCGAGGAGCUGCCACCCUGCUACGAGGGCACCGAUUGGUCGGGCUGCACACUACAGCAGUUCAUGGACUGUCCGUACAACCUGGCGAACAACCGACAGGUGCGCAUGCUAGCUGACCUCAGCCUGGUGGGCUGCUACAACAUGUCGUUUAUCCCAGAAAAGAAACGCGCCCAGAUAUUACUAGAGUCCGCGAAAAAGAACCUCCGUGACAUGGCCUUCUUCGGAUUAACCGAAUAUCAGCGCAAAACGCAGUACUUGUUCGAACGGACUUUCCACCUCAAGUUCAUCCGGCCCUUCAUGCAGUACAACAGCACGCGGGCCGCUGGUGUCGACCUGGAUAAUGAUACAGUUCAACGUAUCGAGGAGCUUAACGAUUUGGACAUGCAAUUGUACGACUAUGCCAGGGAUCUUUUUCAGCAGCGCUACAUGUACAAGCGGCAACUUGAGCGAAGAGAGCAACGUCUGAAGAACCAGCCCGCGCUUUUUCCUUUUCGACGGAUGGCCAGCUCCGAUCCUAUAUCCAAGGACGAUGCGACGGAGUCUGAAGCUUUGCGCUUGCCCACAGAGGACUACAUGAAUCACAUUAUCAACCGCUGGUAGCAGAGCUGGGGGGAGGGGAAUGGGAAAUACUGGUUGAUGAGGAGAAAACGGCUUCAAUCCCCAGAUCAAGUUAAGCAGGUGACAAAAACAGAGACAUAAAAUAGACUGGUCUUUAGCGCCACCACCUUGUCCUUAAAUACAAGUCAAAUACGGCCCUCCCCCCUUCUGUUAUGCACCAGGAUAUCUCUGUCUCUGCAAGGGAGGGCUAGAAUUGUGGGAAACACUGGCGCAGUGUUUGCCAUGAAGACUUUGUUUGCCAGAUGUCAGAAAUAAGACUGACUAACUUAAAGCACUGAGCCGGAAGACUUCAAUGGGCCUAAUCACCCAAUGAAGAAAAAGAGAAAACAAAUGUAAAGAUUAUGGGAAUUAUAUUCACUGCAGAUUUUAAAAUAAUGAACAGAAUUAAAUUGUAUAGAGGUAUUUGCUUAAAUGUCUGCUGCCAUUUCAGCCAUGAAUUUGUGACAGUCUGUCUCUUUAUGUUUUAGUUUAUAAUGCUCUUAUUUGUUUUGAUUAUUUUUAAAGGGAUUUUUCCUUCCCUCAAAGAGGUAUACUCACAGCACUGAGACCAACAGAGCUGCCUAACAGUUAGUGGAUGCAAUUUAUUAGCUUUUCAGAAUCAAUGUUGACUUGAAAAGGUCUGUUCUAUUAUCUUGUUUUGUAUUUUUGCAUCGGUCGCAAAUUUCAACGCACAGACAGGAUGUGGACCAUAGCCAUUAUUUAAAGCUUUCAACAUACUGGAUGAGACACCCAUUAGAUAAGUGUACUAAUAUAAUCUUACAGAAUGUGAGAGCACACCUCAAUUGGUGGCAUUUCAUUUGUCCAAUCUGACAGAUGUCUUGCCCGAUGCUCUUGGCCGAGACAAAUUCUAGCUUGACAUGGCACCAAGCCUAAGAAUACAAUCUAGGCCAUUUCUUAGUAGCUGAGUUGUGGCUGUUGUCUUAUGCCUAAAGGGAGCAAGUGGAGACCCAAAGGGAUUAGCUUUGUGUUUCUGAGCUUCUAGGACUGGGUGAUAUACCUAAAAAAAAAAUAUUGUAUCUCAAUAUUUUUCAACCUUUUGUUGAUAUUCGAUAUACUGCCCAGCCCUAGUGUGUGUAAUAGAGAGCUCAUGAAGCCAAAAAGCAAAAGGAAGGAGCAGAAGGCCGCAAAUGCAGCCAAUAUAUAUGUCACCAUUCUCAAUUCUCAUAGAUGAAUCAUUAUUUUGAAUGCAAGUGGAUAAGGAAUGUCUGUAUGUGUAUAUACAAUGUUUUAAAUAACUGUCCUACAGUAAGUAUGCAAGUGUGUUUGGGUUACCAAACUUGUAUACAAGUAUUCAUGAAUAUCUGUAUGAGUGUGUGUGUGUGUGUGUGUGUGUGUGUGUGUGUGUCUCAUGACCAAUCUCUUGCCAUGGUCAUCAGGGACUGAAGCCAGUAAAGGGACAAGAAAGAUGUCACAUGUCUCCCCUUAUGCAAAUCUUUGUGAACUCUG